CACCAUGCCGUACCUUGACAUCCAGGGAAGGAUAUGUGGCUUCAUGAACUUUGAGCAGGAUGAGGAGAGCGGGCGCUUCUUCAGGAGGUACUUUGUCAUUUCGCUGGAAGAUGACUGCAUACUCUGUUAUAUGGAUAACCCUACAAAUUUACCUGGAGCUGCCAGAAGACCUAUAUUAGAAAUUCAACUUACCAAUAUAUCAAAUGCUCGAAUAGCUGAAAAACAAAGGCCUAAAGUGGAAUAUUGUUUUGUCGUGACGACAGCGAAGCGAGACUUCUACUUCCAGGCUGACAAUCACAGGGACAUGGAGGAUUGGGUAAACAGAAUCAACAAUGCCAGUAAAAUUACAGUACCAUCAACAGUAGCACCGGGAGGCACACUUCCUCUCGGGGACAAGAAUGGAGGCGACGCGAAGGCGGUCAGUUACAAGACAGAGGUAGUCGGCGGGGUCGUCAUCAGGACGCCGGUUCAGGUGAGUGGGUCAUGGCAUGAUGGCGUAUGCGACUGCCUCCUUUCCUAACCCAGCUUCUUUGAACCCUAGCUAAAGAAACGUUGGAAGAUUUUAAUUCCAGUUUUGAUCUUAGUGUUAAUGUUGAUGUUUUGUAGAGUGUGAUCAGGCUGCCUGACAUAGCUCCAAAACCCAACCAAGCAACAACAGCCCUGCAGGAUUUUGAAAUGCUACCGAUCAUAUUACUGAUGCUGUACCUGUAGUUCACCACCUUGUGCAAUCAGUUCUAACACCAGCCCUAUUCUAAGUUUGGAGCUGUAGCUGGUGUAAACACCACCCAAAACCAGCUGUCAACACAAAGGUGUUAACACCAUACUGGAAGUCACCCAUUGGUCCAUUCUAUUAGCCCAUUGUUGUUCACUAGGUGUAUGUUCCCUUCCGAUAUUGGGAAACUGGUGUACAUUGUAAGAAAAAGUGUUCGUUCAACACCAGUUGCCAUCCUUAGAGGAGAACACAUAAGGUGUUACAAAGUUCACCAUGCAUUUUGAAUAUAACACCAAAGAGUGUUAUAAUAACAAAGAGAGGUGUUGCUCUGUAAUUUUUCAUAAUUUUUAGUUUUUUAUAUCCUUGUUUCUCUGAUUUACUCUAGUAAUUCAUGUAUAUAUUGUGAUUUUCAUGAUUUUUUUUCAUUAAAAGCAAAAUUAUUAUUAAAAAAACAAAGAGAGGUGCUAUUAUAAAACAGGUUGGUGCUGAACCAACAUAUUAUUUACAGAACGCUUGGUGUGGUCCACUAUGUAAAUUUACACCACUGUUUUGCAGUGUUAGUAGUCCAUCUCAACACCUACAGUUAAAUAUACCAAGAGGACAUCACUACGAUUUUUAUAAUACUGACAUAAAAUAUUGACAUCAAACCUUAUCUACAAGUUUAUAAAAGUAAAUUGAUAGAACUGUUUUAUAGAUCAUUGCAAAAGAAAUAGCAAUGGUGGAGGAAAGUCGCGAUCUGUGCAUGUAAUAUACAAUUAAUCUUAUUAUCAAUCUUAUUCAAUCAUUAUACAUUGUACAUGUUAUAGUAUUUUGCAUGUACAUGUACAUUUACAUGGAACUGUACAGAAGUGAAACUAAUGAAAUGGAAAAUGAUUUUUUCCUCUUCUAUCUUUAUUCAUAAGGAUGUUGAUGAAAUUUAAACCUGGAUGUAAUUUUAAAAGGAAAUAAAUAUUUUAGGGUUCAUUCUUUAAAUCAGGUCUGCAGUACACGUAGCUUACUAUUAAAUUAAUAGAGAAACUGAAAUUGAAUUGUACCUACAUCAUACUCUCUAUCAAGAGAGCUCUUCUGUAUGUAAUCAAUGAUUCUUCUUUUUUUUUAGUACUAAGAGCAACCAGUAAACAGACUGUGAUUAUUAUAAGGCUGAUAUGGUUAUUUCAUAAUAAAUAAUCAUUUAUAUUCACAUGGCAGGUUUCAGAUUCCAAUCAACUCAAAAAUUUUGUAAUUUAUUUCAACUCCACGUCAGAAAAAGUUGCCUGGCCCCCGCAACACAAAUGUGUGAUGGAUUACAAAUUUGAAAAAAAAAACAAGAUAAGAAUUCUGAUUGGUUAGUGAUUGGUGCUUUGAAGAAAAUGCCCAUGCAACAAUGUCAUUGAUUGACCACUGCAAUAAAGCGAUUGAUUGCAAACCUUUGUGUAAAAUUGCUCUGAAUUGAAAGAUCAUACUAGUUAUUGAGAAGAGUUUCAAUUAUGAAAUACAUGCUAGGUAUUGAGAAAGGAUUAAAAUGCACCUGAAAACUUGUGUUUUCUAUGCGUUUAUAUUGAAAUAAUUUCUACAAUGUUGCCAAGAGUCACAUCCUCAACACAAAGGUAUGGGACUACACCACAAUAAUUAGCCCAUCUGCUUCAGCUUUGUCUUGUAAUAGGAAUGUAUUUCUUACCAAAUUAGGAAUGUGCGCUCAUUUGGAGAGCGAUUGUUUUCUAAGAUAUUCAUGAAAUUGAAAAUAAUGUGAAAGUUCAAUAUUUAUUUCAUCUUUCUUACAAAGUGUCCAAAAAAUUAUAUAGAUGAAUAUUAAGCACAUUCUUGUGGCUCAUUACCACAUUGAAACUAAACUUAUUAUUUUCACGAUGGUCCCCAAUGAGUUUCUUGUUCAUGAAGAGUUACUGUAGAACCUCAAUUCCUCUAAUUGUCCUUUGCAGUCAUUGGCCUAUAAAACCGCAACACAUGCGUCAUGUGACGUACUUGCUGUUUCCCAUCAUGCACCUGUAUGUAUGCAUUUCCUAUUGGAUCUGUUGGCCUCUUUCCGGGAAGUUGUAAUCCUAUUGCGGCGAUUGUCCUUAAUUGAUUACUGUAAAUUUCAUUAGGGUAAUUGAGUUCAUGAAAUGUUUGAUACUUUGUUUACUGUCUGACCAGUCUUAUUCUUUUACAGAUCUAUUUUUGAAGGAUUAGGUAACCUUAGCAGUUUUGUUUUAAACAGUAGUAGAUUUUUUUGGGUUAUUGGAAUGAUAGUGAACUUGUGGAAAAUACACAGCCAGAAUAACGAUUGUCAUUUUUAUAUUCUCUAGCAUUAAUCACUUCUUUUAAAAUCUGCACUUUGAGUCUGAAAACAAAACGGUGACUCCAAGCUUUUGACAUCCUAAACCCAUCACCUGCGUGUCGUGUAGUCAUUCAACAAAGAUGGCUCUUUUUAUGCAUUUUGUUUCCUGCCAGUGCAUGAAAUAUAGUUUAGAGGGUCCAUAUUUCACUAUACGUAUUAUAAAAAUAGAAUAUUUGAGAAAUCAUUGAGGGUGAAAAGUGACAAAGAUUUAUUUUGGGGUACUCUGAGAUCAGAGCAAGGUCACUUAUUUAGGGUCCUGUUUGAAAGCAUAUGGUAUCCACCUUGUAAUGUUAGUGUCCUCACCCCCCCCCCCCAGCACUGCAUUUAAAGAAAAAUUGAAAUGUAGUUUGAAACUGACUGGGAUACUGAGUCUACUCCAAGAGGCGGGUCUGCCCUGCGAGGUGGUGUAGCGUGUAAACGUGGUAGGAGUCACAUACAUGUACAUGUAUCUCCAAAUAUUAUUCAUGUGUUCAAAUUUCAUUAUAUGGAGGCGCGAUAGCUCAGUCGGUAGAGCGGGGGAUUCGGAUUCCGGUGACCCGGGUUCGAUUCCCAAUUGGUGCGCUAGUGCCCUUUGGUAAGGCAUUAAUCCUCAUUACCAGGUCCUUCGGAGAGGACCUUAAGCCGUCGGUCCUCUGGUUGCUUGCUUACAAGCAUUCAUGCUUUCUUAGCAAUCAGGUUUAAAAUCACUACCAUUACCACAUACAUGUACAUGUAGCUCCAAAUAUUAUUCAUGUGUUCAAAUUUCAUUAUAUGGAGGUGCGAUAGCUCAGUCGGUAGAGUGGGGGAUUCGGAUUCCGGUGACCCGGGUUCGAUUCCCAAUUGGUGCGCUAGUGCCCUUUGGUAAGGCAUUAAUCCUCAUUACCAGGUCCUUCGGAGAGGACCCCAAGCCGUCGGUCCUCUGGAUGCUUGCUUACAAGCAUUCAUGCUUUCUUAGCAAUCAGGUUUAAAAUCACUACCACUACCACAUUAUAUGAGCCUCCAGGAAUAUGGUUAGUGAGUCAUGUCCAAAGUCCUUCAAUAUCUUGAGAACAUGUCUGUUUCCCUGUUUUGGUUUGCCCUCUACUAAACUGCCACCUGGUCUACCCCUGCUUCGUCUACUUUUCCAUGGCUCGCAUUCCACAUGGUCUAAUCCUUGUUCAUCUAUCAACCAUUUGGUCUCGUUAGUAACCAUUUCGUCUAAUUUCCAGUCAGGCUAUAGGCCUAUAUAUUUCGUCUAAUAUCCACUUUGUCUAUACCACUUUGCCUAUAUGAUUUAAAAGUAUACUGUUUGUGAAGCAAUUUACAUUUGCAAAAAUUUGAAAUAAUAAGUAUAUGAACUGGGCAUUACAUCAUCUAUACUAAGGGAUAUUAGACUUGUAGAAAGUGGCUAGAACAGGUAUAAUGUUGCACAAAUGGGAAUUAGAUCAUAUUGAUUUUAGACCAACCAGAUUUUAGCCCAUGGAGACCAACUGCAUGUAAUGAUAAUAAUAAUAAUAGGCAUUUAUAUAGCGCCAUCUAUCUAGAAAUAUUCUAUUCCGAGGCGCGUCGUUAUUAUUAUUAUUACCCCGGCUUUAGGUCGAGCUGCCUUUCAGCGCUCAUGCAUUUAAGGAAUUAAUCCUGCCGGGUACCCAUUCACCUCACCUGGGUCGAGUGCAGCACAACGUGGAUAAAUUUCUUGCUGAAGGAAAUGUAGACCAAGUGAAUAUAAGCUUGCUCUUUUACCAUCAUCAUUUUCUCCCCCCCCCCCCUCCAAAAAAAAAAACAGCAUAAAAUGAGACAGUACAUGUGUGUCUUCAUGAAUACCUUGCAUAAAUGCAAUGAAACUAGGCACUAGAAAGUAGAAACUCCAGAUCCAAGCAGGAAUUUGUGGACUGAAUCUCUGAGCAAUCUACAUGUACAUGUAUGCUCACUUGAGACAUGGAUUGUAUUGUUAAGAGCAGGAAGUACAUCUAAUUCAAGACAUGCUUUAGUGUUUCUGAAUAAGAACACUUUGGAUUAUUUUGUUUUGGAAGGCUGGUCAGUAUGGAGUAGAAAUUACAGCUUUUUCAUUUCAGUCAGCUUUAGGCAGAUAUGUAAGGCCCAUGUAGGUACAGUUUAAAAAGGACAAUUACCGCAUUUACCUGUCAAUUUAUAAACACAAGCACUGUAAAUUGUCCCCUCUAUGUCAAAUUGUGAAAUUCAUAAAACCAUUACAAAGGAAGGGAUUGGAGGGUUGAUAAGGAGAUGAGAUGGAUGCUGAGUAGUAGCUGCCCCACACCCCCCCC